AUAAAAACCAAGCAGAUUGCUCAACAAAACAAUCUCCAUCUUUUCAACCCUCUAAACACACACUUUUCAAACAUGGUCAAAGUCGCAGUCCUCGGAGCCGCUGGCGGUAUCGGCCAACCCCUUUCCCUCCUCCUCAAGGCCAACACAACCAUCACAGAGCUAGCUCUCUUUGAUAUUGCCAACACAGCCGGAGUGGCGGCAGAUCUCUCGCACAUUAACACGCCCGCAAAGGUGACUGGAUACAAGGGUGAUGAGCAAUUGGAGGGUGCGCUCAAGGGUGCGGAUGUAGUGGUUAUUCCCGCUGGUGUGCCUCGGAAGCCUGGUAUGACCCGUGACGAUUUGUUCAAGAUCAAUGCCGGGAUUGUAAAGAACCUUGCUACGGCUGCUGCAAAGCACUGCCCCAAGGCAUUCAUGGCCAUCAUUUCCAACCCUGUCAACUCGACCGUUCCCAUUGUUGCUGAGGUCUUCAAGGCCCACGGUGUUUACGAUGCCAAGAGGAUCUUUGGAGUGACAACAUUGGACAUUGUCCGUGCCAACACGUUUGUCUCUGAAUUGAAAAACACGGAACCCCAGAGCACCAAUGUCCCAGUCAUUGGUGGACACUCUGGUGUGACCAUUAUCCCCGUUCUCUCUGCGACUGGCCACUCUUUCACGGACGAGCAAGUCGAGCGCCUCACGCAGCGCAUCCAGUACGGUGGUGACGAAGUUGUCAAGGCCAAGGACGGCGCCGGUUCCGCGACGCUCUCCAUGGCCUAUGCUGGAGCCCGGUUCGUCAACUCCCUCCUCGAAGCGAGUGUCUUGAAAAAGACGGGCGUGACGGAAUGCACAUAUGUCAAGAGCGACGUCGCUGAAGGCCUCGAGUACUUUUCGACCGUGGUUGAACUUGGACCUGAGGGUGUGAGCAAGAUUCACCCCAUUCCAUCCUUGAAUGCCCAUGAGAAAAAGUUGCUGGAUGCCGCUGUACCGGAAUUGAAGGCGAACAUUCAAAAGGGGGUGGACUUUGUCAAGAAUGCUUAAGUACGUCGCGUUUGUAAUAGAUUAUCAUCAAUAUGGAAUAGUGUGUGGGUUGACGACGAAUUGCCUGCUACCUAUGUGCUGCUUAUUGACUUACUUCUGACAUCCUGCAUAAUUUACCGACGACUCGACCAUCCCAACUUGUCCACUUGCCCCAAAUUCCAUGACCAUGAAAUAUCCGACAUGCAGAUCAUCCAUCCUUGCUGUACAAAUCCUCCUCAAAUACAUACACAUCCACCGUCACGAAACACCGACUUUAGAUAAUGACACACUCCUUUCCAAAGUCCGCAACUGCACCACACCCUGGGAAAUCAACAUUGAAAUCUUUUCCUAUACAAAAAAGGCAACAAAAACCAGAUAAACAAACAUGCCCCCCAUAUUCAAAAAUCGAGUACGUUGGCAGUAUCUUUUAAUAAAACAAAACAACUUACAUACCGAAUCAACUUCAUACCGAUACCGCUCAAAAUCCGAUC